GUUGCAGUUUUUCACGAACACAUUAGAGUUCAUGUGAAAUGCAAAUUUGCCGUUCCUAUUAAAAUUUUAGGUUCGAGUUUUGCAAGUGAAAAAACAAAAUUUCAAUCUAGAGAAGUUCCGUUCAAUAGAUUCACCCAAUUCUGAUAUCUAUUUCAAUUCAGAUUUCAACAAGGAGUUUUCAUUUAUUUAAUUCAUUUGUUUCUCAAAUCUUGUGAGUUCUGCAUCAAAAUUUGUUUUUAAUUUCUCGGGCUAUUUUUUUUUUUUUUUGGAGAUGGCAUUUCAAAUUUUUGUUCUGAGUCAACCAGUCUUUAAGUUUGACUCAAGGGUACUCUGCACUCAGCAUGAAAAUUGGCCAAAGAGAAUGUUUUUGUCCAAAAACAGUGGGAUACAAAUGCCCUUGAUACCAAAGUGUGUGAAACCAUGCAAUUUUGCCAAUUUGGUUUCUGAUCAUAGGGGUGAUCCUAAGUUAUUUACCAAUGGUGGCUUGAAAUGUUUGGUUGGAAGUAGUAGUACUGACAGUUUCAGUGGAAAUAAUGAUGCUUCCAUAGGGAAUUUGAACUUUAUUUUGAAGUUACUGAAGAAGAGGAUGGGGACCAUUUUGGCUGCAACUGUUUUUGGGGUGUUGUUGUUUGGAUGUCCUCAAGCCUUGGCUGUAGAAGGUGUGGUGGCUAUUGUGGAGCAUAGCAAAGUGUUUGUUAGGAAUGCAUGGCCCAAAGUGUUGCCAGUUCUUAGGAUAUUUAAGGAGCAAGGGUUGGUACUGGCUGUACUUUUGGCUCUUUCUGCAUUCUUCUCUAUGGCAGAGACUUCAAUUACCACCCUUUGGCCUUGGAAGGUUCGUGAGUUAGCUGAAAAGGAGUCUGAAAAUUUCGUCUUCAAACUGCUCCAAAAAGAUGUAACCCGAUUCCUUACAACCAUACUUAUUGGCACAACAGUGGUUAAUAUUGGAGCAACAGCUCUGGUUACUAACACUGCAACUGCAGCAUUUGGUGAAGCUGGUGUUACUGCAGCAACAGGAUUGAUGACUGUUGCUAUUUUGCUUCUCACUGAGAUCACUCCAAAAAGUUUUGCAGUUCACAAUGCCACAGAUGUGGCUCGGUUUGUGGUCAGGCCAGUGGGGUAUCUUUCCGUAGUCUUGUAUCCUGUAGGAAGAGUUGUUACAUAUUUCUCAAAGGCGAUAUUGAAAUUGCUUGGCAUAAAGGGAACAAGAGAACCAUAUGUUACUGAGGAAGAGCUAAAGUUGAUGGUAAGAGGAGCAGAAUUAAGUGGGGCAAUAGAGGAGGAAGAACAGGAUAUGAUUGAAAAUGUGUUGGAGAUAAAAGUAACACGAGUCAGAGAGGUUAUGACACCUCUUGUUGAUGUUGUUGCAAUUGAUGCAAGUGCAAGUCUGGUAGAUUUUCGAAACUUGUGGAGGGAACAUCAGUACUCAAGGAUACCUAUUUUUGAGAAGCGUGUUGAUAAUUUAAUUGGCAUUGCAUAUUCACUGGAUCUGCUGGAUUUUUGUCAGAAGGUUUCAAAAGGUGGGGUACUAGAUAUUACUCCUGUUCAAGAGUUAGCUCAUGAUCCUGUUUAUUUUGUGCCAGAUUCAAUGUCUAUUUGGGAUCUUCUAAGAGACUUCCGAUUCAAGCAGGUUCACAUGGCUGUUGUUUGUAAUGAGUAUGGUGGAACUGUUGGAAUUGUAACUCUGGAAGAUAUUGUUGAGGAAAUUGUUGGUGAAAUCUUUGAUGAAAACGACUCAAAGGAAGAGAUUCAGAAGAAAACUGGCCACAUAGUAAAGCAAGCAGAUGGUGUAUUUGAUGUGGAUGCAAAGACAUCUAUUGAUCACCUAUCCGAAUAUUUGAACAUCAAGAUGCCUCAGGGCCACCAAUAUGAGACAGUAUCUGGCUUUGCAUGUGAAAAUUUUGGAUACAUACCUAUGGCAGGUGAGAGCAUUGAAGUGGUUCUUGAAAGGAAAAAUCAAAAUGAUAAUGACGUGUCCAAUGCUAACCACAAGAAUCAAAAAGAGACUUUCAAACUUAAGAUACUAUCAGGAAAUGCCAAAAAGGUAACCGCUGUUCAAUUUACACGAACAAAUGGUAGUCAAAAACUGUUGGAGACUAAAGUAACCCCGCAAGGUCCAACAAUCAGUGAAAACAAAAUGUAGCAGUUGUUAGGAUUUAGAUGGUGCCAAUUGUAUUACAGAUCUAUUCACAAAAAUGUUCUUUUAGCUUAUGGUUUGUAGUACAACAACAAACAUUUUUGUGUCAUCAAGUAGAUUAGCUACAUAGAUAGCAUGAUGUCAUUGGAUUCGAUUAAAAACCAAUAAAUAUAUACACUGAGAUCUC